CCCCGCCUGGUCCGCCUCGUCGCGUAUCCUUGCGGCCGGGUCUCGGUGGCGGGCGGUGUCCCCGGGACAUCUCGGGACGCCGUAGCUCUGAGGCUCGCUGGGGCGCCUGGGGGUGACGGGUGGCUAAGGUUCUGUAUAGUGCAUACUGAUUGUUACGAUUUAGGGUUCAUUCAUUCAUGGACUUUUUUUCUUUUGGUAUUGGGGACGAAACCAGGGCCUUCACACUGAGCUUCACCCCCAACCCUUUUUAUUUUGAGGCAGUCUAGCCAAGUUGCCCUGGCUGCCCUCCAAUUUGUGAUUCUCCUGCCUCAGCCUCCCGAGUGGUCCUGUGCUGCCGCUGCCGGAUCGUGGAGCUUUAUUACGGUUCUUGGUUGUGUGUGCCAGGCACAGUGCUAAGCCCUGGUGUGUGGUGCUGGGAAGGACAUCGUCCAUGCCCUCACAGCUCUUAGGCUUGUACGACUUAAUCCCUUCACGUGUGUGCAUGUAAUGCACACCAAGAUAAAUGCCUCUCGCUGGACACAGCCUUGAAUAAGAGCUGGUUCGGAGGAGCUGAGGUUUGGACCUCCUUGGAGAGGGUCAUGGAGCAUGAAGGAGGCUACUGGCCACAGCUAUCUGUAGAGAGGACAGAUAGGACUUGGAGGUGUAGUUUCAGUGAUAAGCUGGGACAACGGCUGGGAUCUGUGUGGAUGUGGUCACUGAGUUUCUUAACUAGAGGGAAAAACAGGCCAGUGUCUCCUUUGUUUAUUUUCCGAGUUGCUGCCACCCUCAACUUUGAGAACGGGGUGUUCUCAUUGCCCACCAGGGCAUCCCCAGCCGAAGGUCACAGGUGCUCCACUGAUUUUGGUCCUAGCUUCAUGGGGGAGAAGUUCCUCCAGCUCUGUCUGAAUUCUCUUUAUGGCUGGGAGUCCUUCUGAGGUGACAUUGGAAGUGAUUUUGCCGGUAAGACAGAAAAUGGAAUUUAACUUUUAUUUUUGAAGCAAUGAGAACUUUAGGCUUGCUGUUCAGCUGUCACUGGUUUAUUAAAUGCAGUAAGCUGGUUGGAGACUAGGUAUUCUGCAAAUACUUUCUCUUAUUUACUAUUUGUGAAGAGACAGUCUUGCUGUAUUGCCCAGGCAACCUCUUGUCUCUGCCUCCCUGGUAGGUGGGACCGCAGGCACAAACCACUGCACCUAGAUGGUUUUCCUUUCUGACCACUGGGUUUCUAAUGUUUUUCCUUAAACUGUGGUUGAGGUUUUUGUUUUGUUUUAGUUUUGUGUGUGUGCGUUGUCAGACACUUAUCUUUUUCAUCUCAUUUUUAACACAUAUGCCUUACAAGUUUCAAGUUUGGCUCAAUAUAGUAUGUGGUUGAAUAAGUGAUCAAGGUAGGAGGUCAAGUAAAACUUGCACUUUUUUUUUCUUUUUCCAAUACAGGGGAUCAAACUCAGGACCUUGCACUUGUGAGGCAGGCGUGGCACUACUGAGCUAAAUCUCUGGCCCAAACUUGCACUUUUUGAUAAGUACAUCAGAUGUUUCCUUAAGUGGCAUAGAAAUGAUAAAGUUUGAUCAUUUGGAAUGAACGUGAGAGCAGUACCAUCAGGUCUCGUUUGCAGGAUGUGCUUUCCACAUCGAGCAGGGGACCUGUAAGGUCUCAUGUUCUGGAUUUUGUGUCCUGGUCUAAGGGUAUAGGAAACAGUUUUUUUCUGCAGACUGCCAGUGAACAUACAACAUGUGCCUUGUUGAAUUGUGAGAAGAAUAAAGAAGAUUCUUGGUUUUCACUAAUGUGCCUGAUUGGCUUUUCCUUCUUUCUUAGAGUUCUUUCUGCUACAGAGAGGAAACCUCACCAAGGGCUGUGACGCCACUUCUUUGACCCCUGUGUGCUGCUUGGAUCAGCUGACAUUCUGGCAGCCCUGGUCUGAGGAGGAAUCAAGCUGACUGUUGGCAUGAGGACCCUGUAUUCCUGGAAUUGAGAGCACACUGCCAUGGCUUCGCUGGAUGACCCAGGGGAUGUGAGAGAGGGCUUCCUCUGCCCCCUGUGCUUGAAGGACCUGCAGUCUUUCUACCAGCUGCAGUCACAUUAUGAGGAGGAGCACUCGGGGGAAGACCGUGAUGUCAAAGGGCAGAUUAAAAGUCUUUUCCAGAAGGCUAAGAAAGCAAAGAACAAGUUGCUGAGACGGGAAGGGGAUGAGCAAGCAGAGCCAGGGGCUCCAGGAUAUGAAUCCUUCAGCAAUGGAGGGGUUGACCCUUACAUGUGGGAGCCCCAGGAGCUUGGGACCAUGAGAAGUCAUCUUUCUGAAUUCAAAAAACACCGUGCUGCCAGAAUUGACCACUAUGUUGUUGAAGUCAAUAAAUUAAUAAUCAGGUUAGAGAAGCUCACUGCAUUUGACAGAACUAACACUGAGUCUGCAAAGAUCCGAGCGAUUGAAAAGUCUGUGGUGCCUUGGGUCAAUGACCAGGACGUCCCUUUCUGUCCUGACUGCGGGAGCAAGUUCAGCAUCCGUAACCGCCGCCACCACUGCCGCCUCUGUGGCUCGAUCAUGUGCAAGAAGUGCAUGGAGCUCAUCAGCCUGCUCUUGGCAAACAAGCUCACCAGCGCCAGCAGGGAUGCCCUGAGCACCCACACCAGCCCCAACCAGUCUCCUGGCAGUGUGCAUGGCUCACGCCGUGGCAGCAUCGGCAGUGUGAGCAGCAUGAGCUCUGUGCUGGAUGAGAAGGAGAAUGAGCGCAUCCGCUGCUGCAGGCACUGCAAGGACACGCUGUUACGCAGGGAGCAGCAGAUGGACGAGCGGGAGCACACACCUGCCAUCACCAGGCUCUACGAGAAAUUGCGGCUCUGCAUGGCGAAGGUGGACCAGAAAGCCCCUGAGUACACGCGGAUGGCAGCGUCCUUAAAUGCCGGGGAGACCACCUACAGCCUGGAGCAGGCCAGCGACCUCCGCCUGGAGGUGCAGAAAAUGUACGAGCUCAUAGACGCCCUGAGUAAGAAGAUCUUAACCUUGGGCUUGAACCAGGACCCCCCACCACAUCCCACCACACUGCGGCUGCAGAGGAUGAUCCGGUACUCAGCCACGCUCUUCGUGCAGGAAAAGUUGCUGGGUUUGAUGUCACUGCCAACCAAGGAACAGUUUGAAGAACUGAAAAAGAAAAGGAAGCAGGACAUGGAGAGGAAGAGGAUGCUGGAGAGACAGGCUGCCCCGGAGUCACAAUGUAGGCUCGAGGACAAGCAGCGUGGCCCAGCGGCCAACGGGGAAGUGGCCCCCACAAGAAAGGCCGAGGGCUGGCUCCCACUGCCUGAGACACAGGGCCAGCGCGAGGACCCCGACCCACUGCUCCAGCAGAUCCACAACAUUGAGUCGUUUAUCAAGCAGGCCCAGGCUGCCAGCCGCACUGAUGAGGUGCGCACCCUAGGGGAGAACCUGCGGCAGCUGCAGGACGAGUACGACCGGCAGCAGACAGCCAAGGCCAUUGAGCUGUCUCGCAGGCAGGCUGAGGAGGAGGCCCUGCAGUGUGAGCAGUUGCAGAGGCUUCGGGAGCGGGAGUGGGAGCGGGAGCGAGAGCGGGAGCGGAAGCAGGCGGCCUCCCUACACUCGAGGACCCAGGCCCUGGACUCCCGGGAGGCUGCACCCUUCCUGCUGGAGCCCAGCCGGGGACCUCGCCCACACCCUGCCUUCGCUCUGGAGCUGGGCUCUUCCUCAGGCUCUGGGAUGGCCCCUGAGACGCCCUCACCCUGUGCAGUGUGGGCCCUGAGCCAGGAGAGCCUCCACCAGAGCACUGAGCCCCAGCAGAACGACUGUGCCCUGAACUCCUUUAGCAGGGACUUCUUCUCCAGCCCUGCUGUUGUGCAGGCCAAGCUCCCCAGAGAGUACAACCCUUUCGAGGAGGAGGAAGAGGAGGAAGAGGAGGCAGUGGCUGCAGGGAACCCCUUCACCAGCCCUGACAGCCCAGCACCCAACCCCUUCGACAGCCCAGCGCCCAACCCCUUUGAGGAUGGCAACGAUGUACCCAACCGGAGUCCUGCCAGCCCUCCUGUACCCGGCAACCCCUUCGAGGAGCCCACCGGCACCAACCCCUUUGAGGUGGACAGCGACAGCUGCCCGGAGGCCGAGGAGCCCAUCGAAGAGGACCUGCUCCUGCAGCAGAUAAACAAUAUCAAGGCCUACAUCUUUGACGCCAAGCAGUACGGCCGGCUGGAUGAGGUGGAGGUGCUGACUGAGAACCUGCGGGAGCUGAGGUGCACAUUGGCCAAGCAGAAGGGCCCCCCUGAGUGACGGCAGGGAGCAGGGCCUGCAACCUGGAUGCUGCUGUCCACACCAGAUGUGUCUCCAUGACAGUGACUAACACAGGAACCCCUAGGGCACCAGCCUUCACUCGGCGGCAUUUCCUGCCUGCCUUGUUUUUCACUUGGGGGAUUUUCCUCUUUCAAGGACUUUGCAUUUUACUACAAAGCUGUAACUUGGUUCAGCUCUGUGGCCCGGGGUGUGUCUGUCUUUCUUUCAGAGGAGCCUGUUGCUUUCCACACUGGAAGAAGCCAACCACAGCUUGCCACCAUCAGUGCUUUGCACAGGAGAAUGAGCCUCUCUAUCAGCGGGGUUUCAGUGGAGAUGAACUUUCCCCUGCCACUCCCUGAAACCAGUGCCAGGUAGCAAUAUGCAAGGAACUGAGCAUCAGAGAUGCACACGGAACAUUUUUUAAAACUCUUAAAACGAACUUGAACAUACUAAACCAGACCCUUCAGGUUUCGUGGAAUUGUCCUGUGGCUGUCCUCUUCCAGUCUCUGUCUCUGUCCCUGGAGUUCGUGUAGGACAGGCGAUAGCAGAGAAGAGACAGCUGUGUGGUCCACCUAUGGUGGACACCUUGCCCUUCCUCAGCCACAGUCACGGUGUCAGCAGAGCCACCGGUGGCCAAGGUUGUACAUGGAGAACACGUCUGUGUGCAGGUUUGUGUCUCUCCAUCUAAUUCACUAAGGAUGCUCACUCCCACUUGCAGCCCAGUGUCUGCUGUUCAGAUGCCACGGCAUUCUCACUGUCAUCAGGAGCCACAUGAUAGGUCAGGCACUGGGCUCGAUCCACUGGUCACCUGACACGUGCUGCUCUGGGCCUUGUGUUGGAACCGUUUUUUAAAAAUAAAAAAUUGAGCCAGAGAUUUA